AUGGCCGCGCAAUCGAAACCUGAGAUUUCCCCUUGGGGUCGCGCCGUGGCUGGCGCUACAGGUGCUGUUCUAGCUAACGCGCUGGUCUAUCCUCUUGACAUUGUCAAGACUCGUCUCCAAGUUCAAAUCAAACCAGAUCCUAGCAAAGGUCCUUCCCCAACCGACGAACCACACUACACCUCGACAUGGGAUGCCAUCACGCGAAUUGUUGCCGAUGACGGCAUGAAAGGUCUCUACGCUGGCAUGGGCGGUUCUUUGAUCGGGGUUGCGUCAACCAACUUUGCCUACUUCUACUGGUACACCAUUGUCAGAACGUUGUAUCUCAAAUCACGCAAGGGAACCGCGAACCCUUCUACCGUCGUGGAGUUGGGUUUGGGUGCUAUCGCAGGAGCCAUUGCCCAAGUCUUUACAAUUCCUGUCGCAGUAGUUACCACGCGCCAGCAAACAGCCAGCAAGUCUGACCGCAAGGGUCUUCUCGCCACAGCCCGGGAGGUUAUUGAUGGCCCAGAUGGUGUAUCGGGUCUCUGGCGAGGUCUCAAGGCCAGUCUCGUUCUUGUUGUGAACCCUGCCAUUACUUAUGGCGCGUACGAACGGCUAAAGGAAGUGAUGUUCCCUGGCAAGACUAGUCUGAGACCAGGCGAGGCAUUCUUGUUGGGUGCUAUGUCUAAAGCACUUGCGACUAUCGCCACUCAACCUUUGAUUGUGGCCAAGGUUGGCCUCCAAUCAAAGCCACCCCCGGCUCGCAAUGGCAAACCCUUUACCAGUUUCGUUGAGGUUAUGAAGUUCAUCAUAGAACAUGAAGGCAUGCUGGGUUUGUUCAAAGGCAUUGGGCCACAGAUUCUCAAGGGCCUUCUCGUCCAGGGUAUUUUGAUGACAGCAAAGGAGAGGGUUGAGUUGAUGUUCAUCCUUCUGAUUCGAUAUAUCAAGUCCAUUCACCUCCGCAAAAUCAGCCGUACCGCUGAGAAGACUGCAGCAGCAGCAGCAGCUCACAGCGUUGCGGCGAAACCGGUGACAAUAAUGAUUGUUGUGAGCUACGUCGAGGUUGUCUCUACUUUGGUACACACCAUUUACCUAGAAUUAUAG